AUGAGUGUGACGCAGACCAAGAUCCGGAAUCUCGGGGUAGACACGGUACACAUCGAAACUCUUCGCUUCCUCCGUUGUUAUGCAACGCCUGCAGCUGUCGCGUCUAUGGUUACGGCCUGUGCGUACCUCGAGACCUUCGAGUAUACGGUCAGCGGUGUGCAGUACUGCAACUCUCACGAUCCUUACGCCGAGAACGGAGAUCUGCCGAUGGUUGAUCAGUUGAGACACAACGACCUCGUGCUGAAGAAAAUCACGGUCGGCUCCAUAGACUUUGUUCCCAAGCUUGAAUUAUUGCGCCUGAGUCCAAUGGAUAGAUUCUGGUCGCUGGAGUAUCUGGAUGUUGAGACGCGUCACUUGUUGCCCGACAAGGUGAACGGAAGGCCUCAGGAUCGGGCAGCUUAUGCAAUCGAGAUCAUAUCGAUGUGCAACUCCCUCCAGACGCUCAUUCUACGCGAUUGCAGCUGGGACAAGAUGUUGCUGGUUAUGGACUUAUUUGAGUUCGGGAAGACCGCUGGAGGGUUGUUUCCUGGCUUCACAACACUCUUCGUUAGCUACAGGAAGCCCAAGACUCAGAAGUCUUCGGUCCUCGCAGAGUUGCCAAAGCGUGUCUUGGCUUGUCAGGCUGCUGGUAUCAAUGUUAUCACCGAGGCGAAGGAAAUAGGUUGGCUGAAGAAGUCCCGCUCGUAG